AUUAAAAAAAAAGAAAAGAAAAGGAAAACGUAUUUGAUUUUGAGCAGGCAUUUUUUCCUCUUUCUGUUAAGUCACUCAGCUCAUAGUUUUUCUUCCUCUUUGCCUUUUCUCUUUACUCUUUUGCAAUUUCAUUACAUUCAAAAUUGACACUCCUAUUUAAUAGGCUAGUUAGAUUGGAGCUUUUUCUUCGUCUCGAUUUUUAUUUUUUAUAACUUCUUUUGGGUUGAAUUGAUCAUUUUUGCGGUGGGGAAUAAAAAAGGGGAAGAUGUUUUUCUCCGGCGAUUCAUCGACGAGGAAGCGAGUGGAUUUAGGCGGACGGAGUUCCAAAGAAAGAGACCGGAAGAAGCUUGUGGAGCAAACUAGGUUCGAGAGGAAUCGCCGCCUCCAGUUGCGUCAGAACAACUCUGCUGCUCUCAAAAUUCAGAAAUGCUUUAGAGGGAGAAAGCUUGUGGAGGCUGAACGUUCAGAAGUCCGAGAGAGGUUUUUUACCAGAUUUGGCAAGCACUUCCAGAAUGUGGACAGGCAAUGCUUUGGUCCAGAUUCUGAUUUUCUCCGCUGGCUACUUUUCUUUUUUAACCCCAAAAAUGCUGCUGAUUGUUCUGCCCUUGUGGAAGUUUGUCAGUUGCUUCAGAAGUUGGAUCAAGAUAAUGUGCUAGAUAUUAUAAGCCUCUUUGCUGGUGCUGACUAUCCAUCCAAUAAAGCCCUGGUGGAGUACAGGGUUAAGAAAUUUGCUUUGGCAUGUAUUCAGGCAAUUUAUGAGAAUAGGAUCCAGUUGAGAGACCAACUAAUGGCAUCUAAACAUUCUGGUGCUCCAGCAAUUCUCUUGUUAGAUGCAUUACAUCUAUUGAUUGAUGACAGACUUCCCUGGGCUUGUAACACAGUCAGCUAUCUUUUACAAAGAAAUGUAUUUUCCAUGUUUAGAAAUGUCAUUCUGACGCUGAAGGAAGUAACUAUCCAGGGCCUUGUUGGUGAUGUAUCUUCUUUGGAACGUGUUCUGGCCCUCAUUAUAUCUCAUGUGGGGCAAACACCUUGUGUUUGUCCGAAUGUUGACCCAAGUUGGAGUUUCUCAUCCCAGCUUCUUACAAUUCCUUUCUUGUGGCGUCUUUUUCCGCAUCUAAAAGAGACUUUUGGAGCUCCUAGGUUGAGUCAGCAGUAUUUCCAUCAGAUGGCCCUCUGUGUGAAAAAUCAUAAGAAUGUUCUACCUGAAGAUAUAUCAAGUGAUUUUCCUAGUUUCGCCUGCCUUCUUGGAAAUAUAUUAGAAGCUGCUGGAGUUGCUUUCGCUCACCCUGAGUCAUUUGAUAUGGCUGUAGAUUUUGUGACUCUUGCAACAUUUUUGUUGGAAGCAAUUCCACCCAUCAAAACAUUGAAUGAAGGAGGUAAACAAAAUUCCAAUACUUAUGAUGACGAAAUGCUUGUUGAUGAUGAACGAGCAGAAAAAGUUCUAAAUGGUGAUUUGGAGCUCCAGAUUUAUAAUGCAAUAGAUCCACGCUUUCUUUUGCAAUUGACAAAUGUUUUGUUGGGUGGGGUUUCGCUUGCCAAUAAUUCAUAUAUAGGUGGGCCCAAUGAUAAAGAGGCUGCAGCUGUUGGUGCUGCUUGUGCUUUCCUUCAUGUUAUGUUCAACAUCCUGCCUCUAGAGCGCAUCAUGACUGUGCUAGCUUAUAGAACAGAGUUGGUUCUUGUGCUUUGGAACUUCAUGAAAUGCUGCCAUGACAACUGUAAAUGGUCAUCCUUGUCCAAGCUGUCUGCAUAUUUGCCUGAAGAUGCACCUGGUUGGUUACUACCUUUGGCUGUUUUCUGCCCUGUUUACAAGCACAUGCUUAUGAUUGUUGAUAAUGAAGAGUUUUAUGAGCAAGAGAAGCCACUGCCACUGGAUGAUAUCCGAUGCUUGAUUGUUAUUAUAAGACAGGCCUUGUGGCAACUCCUGUGGCUGAAUCCUGUGGCACCACCUAAUUUUUCCAAGUCCCCUGUUGACACCUUUGCCAUGAAGAAGCACCCAUUGGAAUUUCUUCAGCAUAGAGUUUGUGUUACAGCUUCUGAGCUCUUGUCGCAGUUGCAAGAUUGGAAUAACAGAAGGCAAUUUACACCCCCAAGUGAUUUUCAUGCUGACGGUGUCAAUGAUUACUUUAUCUCUCAGGCGACCAUGGAAAAUACUAAAGCAAAUGAUAUACUAAAACUAGCUCCCUUCUUGGUUCCAUUUACGAGCAGAGCUAAAAUAUUUGCGUCACAGCUUGUUGCGGCAAGGGAAAGGAAUAUACCUCAUGUCCCCUAUGUUAGGAACAGGUUCAGAGUAAGAAGAGAUCAUAUCUUGGAAGAUGCUUUUGAUCAGUUGAAUGCCUUGACUGAAGAGGAUCUUCGAGGACUGAUUCGUGUUACUUUUAUCAAUGAAUUUGGAGCGGAGGAGGCUGGAAUCGAUGGUGGUGGUAUUUUCAAGGAUUUUAUGGAAAAUGUUACUAGAGCAGCCUUUGAUGUACAGUACGGAUUAUUUAAGGAAACGGCGGAUCACCUACUGUAUCCCAAUCCUGGAUCAGGACUAGUACACGAACAGCAUCUCCAGUUGUUUCACUUUCUUGGAACUGUUCUUGCUAAGGCAAUGUUCGAGGGAAUUCUUGUUGAUAUACCAUUUGCAACCUUCUUUCUGAGCAAAUUGAAGCAAAAGUACAAUUACUUGAAUGAUUUGCCUUCCUUGGAUCCAGAAUUAUAUCGGCAUCUGAUAUUUCUGAAGCAUUAUGAAGGUGAUAUCUCAGGGUUAGAGUUGUACUUUGUUAUUGUCAAUAAUGAAUACGGGGAGCAAGCAGAAGAAGAGCUGCUUCCUGGGGGAAAGAAUUUACGGGUGACAAAUGAAAAUGUCAUCACAUUUAUUCAUCUUGUAGCCAACCAUCGUUUGAAUUUUCAGAUACGCCAACAAAGUUCUUAUUUCUUGAGGGGGUUUCAGCAGCUUAUACAGAAAGAAUGGAUUGACAUGUUUAAUGAGCAUGAACUUCAGCUUUUAAUAUCUGGAUCAGUUGAUGGCUUUGAUCUUGAUGAUCUUCGAGCUCAUACCAACUAUGCAGGGGGCUAUCAUCAAGAGCACUAUGUCAUCGAGAUGUUCUGGGAAGUUAUCAAAUGCUUCUCUUUGGAAAAUCAGAGGAAAUUUUUGAAGUUUGUUACUGGGUGUUCUCGAGGGCCCUUGCUUGGGUUUAAGCACUUGGAGCCGUUAUUCUGCAUACAGAGGGCUGCUGGCAGUGCUUCUGAAGAAGCUCUUGACCGAUUACCAACAGCAGCUACUUGCAUGAAUCUUCUAAAGCUUCCUCCAUAUAGAAGCAAGGAGCAGAUGGAACAGAAGUUGCUAUAUGCCAUUAGUGCAGCAGCUGGUUUUGAUCUGAGCUAAUAGAGAGUUGAAUCGUAGGGUUAUCACGGUAGAGAGUUCCAAUUGAAGCAGGCGGAAUUCUCAAGUGUAUUGGAUCAAAGGAAAUAAUUGGUUUGAGGAGAGCAUGUGCUUGGUUCGAUUUGAGUAGCAUUAGGGCCUUUUGUGGGUAAAGUAUACGCUGGUGAUUGUCAACGGGUUGACCAAGUGAAAGCCCGAACAGCAGCAAGGGGAGGCAACGUUCAACUUCUCCAAUGUGCAACUGGAUUCUGUGUGGAUACAAAAUUUGCUAGGCUGCUUGGUCUUUAGAUGUACAUAUGUUGGGGUAGCAAUGUAAAUCAUCUUUGAGGAGACAGGCAAGUGUACAUGUCAAUGGCCUCCUGCGAGUAGGUCUGGCUGGGAAAGUCGGUUUGGGGUUGUAAAUUUUUGAGAAUCUUAUAUCUCACAUAAAAUUCUCGUCAAUUAAUGGUGGCAGGGGGAGAACGAAAAAAGGUUGCCAGACUCUUCUUGAAUGAUAGCGUGCAUUAUAUAGCAUAAUGGAUUAAAAGCUGUGCAGAAGGAAGUAUGUACUAAGAGUAUGUAUGUAUAAACUUUAAAGUAAAAUUGCACAACCAGUCCUUUAUAUGUUGCAUUUGUAUUUUUUUUGGGUCCCUUACUUUCAAAAUGAUGCAAGUAUAUCCCUUACAAACACAACAAAA